GGCCGGGGAGGGCGGGCGCGGGGCGCGGCUGAUGAAACCCGCGCGCCAGAUGCCUCCCGCCCUCCACGCUCCAUUCACUCCGCGCGGGCAGGUGUGAGCGGCGGGUCCUCUGCUAGCGGAGCGCGGGACCACCAGCUGUCGGUUACCCCAGGCUCCGAUCCCGCGCGCCGCACCUCCGCCCGAUCAUCCGGCAGUCCCGCCGAUCCUCGGCCGAGCGUCCGUCCAGUCCAGCUGCGCCUCCGUCCGACCGAGCGUCCAUCAGUCCAGCCCUGAUUAGUGCGUCUGUCCAGCGACGGUCCUGCCCGCAUCCUGCCGCCCUGCGGGUUCGGAGCCAGCCGCCCCCUCUCGAGCCUCCUGAGACGCCGUCGCUCCAGGACCAGGGACUCCUGGGUGACGAGGUGACAGUCCUCACAUCAUAGUCCAGCAGACCAGAAGCCGCGGGAUGGGGUGCGCCGCACUGAUGGGCGUCGGGCAGCAGAUGCUUCGGAGGAAGGUGGUGGACUGCAGCCGUGAGGAGAGCCGGCUGUCGCGAUGCCUGAACACGUUCGACCUGGUGGCGCUGGGCGUGGGCAGCACACUGGGGGCCGGCGUGUAUGUGCUGGCUGGGGCCGUAGCGCGGGAGGACGCUGGCCCCGCCAUCGUCAUCUCCUUCCUCAUCGCUGCCCUGGCCUCCGUGCUGGCCGGCCUCUGCUACGGCGAGUUUGGCGCACGCGUCCCUAAGACUGGCUCGGCCUACCUCUAUAGCUAUGUCACUGUGGGUGAGCUCUGGGCCUUCAUCACCGGCUGGAACCUCAUCCUGUCCUACAUCAUCGGUACCUCGAGCGUAGCGCGGGCCUGGAGCGCAACGUUUGACGAGCUGAUUGGGAAGCCCAUUGUGGAGUUCUCGCGGACGCACAUGGCCCUGCACGCACCCGGGGUGCUGGCCGAGAACCCAGACAUAUUUGCCGUGAUCAUCAUCCUCAUUCUCACAGGACUUUUAACUCUCGGUGUGAAAGAGUCUGCCAUGGUCAACAAAAUAUUCACGUGUGUCAAUGUCCUGGUGCUGGGCUUCAUCAUGGUGUCGGGGUUUGUGAAAGGAUCAAUUAAAAACUGGCAACUCACGGAGGAGGACUUCCGGAACACGUCGGGUCACCUCUGCCUGAACAAUGGCACGAAGGAAGGGAAACCCGGUGUCGGUGGGUUCAUGCCCUUCGGGUUCUCCGGCGUGCUGUCGGGGGCAGCCACCUGCUUCUACGCCUUCGUGGGCUUUGACUGCAUCGCCACCACAGGGGAGGAGGUGAAGAACCCUCAGAAGGCCAUCCCUGUGGGCAUCGUUGCGUCCCUGCUUAUCUGCUUCAUCGCCUACUUCGGGGUGUCGGCCGCCCUCACCCUCAUGAUGCCUUACUUCUGCCUGGACAAGAACAGCCCCCUGCCAGAUGCCUUCAAGCACGUGGGCUGGGAGGGUGCCAAGUACGCGGUGGCUGUCGGCUCCCUCUGCGCCCUGUCCACCAGUCUUUUAGGUUCCAUGUUUCCCAUGCCUCGAGUUAUCUAUGCCAUGGCUGAAGACGGGCUGCUGUUUAAAUUUUUGGCCAAAAUCAACGACAGGACCAAAACACCAAUAAUCGCCACCUUAACCUCGGGUGCCAUUGCCGCGGUGAUGGCCUUCCUCUUCGACCUGAAGGACCUGGUGGACCUCAUGUCCAUCGGCACUCUCCUGGCUUACUCUCUGGUGGCUGCCUGCGUCUUGGUCUUACGGUAUCAGCCCGAGCAGCCCAACAUGGUAUACCAGAUGGCCAGGACUAGCGACGAGCUCGAUCCAGUUGACCAGAAUGAGUUGGUGAGCAGCAGUGAUUCUCAGACGGGCUUUUUACCGGAAGCAGAGAAGCUUUCUUUGAAAACCGUACUCUCACCGAAAAAUACGGAGCCUUCCAAAUUCUCCGGGCUAAUCGUGAACAUCUCAACCAGCCUCCUAGCACUUCUGGUCAUCACCUUCUGCAUGGCAGCUGUGCUUGGCAAGGACGCCCUGGUGAAGGGGGAGUUGUGGGCAGUCUUUCUACUCAUGGGUUCUGCCUUCCUCUGCUCCGUGGUCACGGCCAUCAUCUGGCGGCAGCCUGAGAGCAAGACCAAGCUCUCGUUCAAGGUGCCCUUCUUGCCAGUCCUUCCCGUCCUGAGCAUCUUCGUGAACGUCUAUCUCAUGAUGCAGCUGGACCAGGGCACGUGGGUCCGGUUUGCCGUGUGGAUGCUGAUCGGCUUCUUUAUCUACUUCGGCUACGGUCUCUGGCACAGCGAGGAGGCGACCCUGGCCGCCGACCCCACAAGGACUCCUGACGGUCACUUGGAUCAUUGCAAGUGACGCAUGGUCCUGCCCCCAAGAGACCCCCGCAGCACCUCGCACCACCACCCCACCCAGCCCGCGUGCCCGGAGCUCAGCGCAGGCCACGUACGGCCCGCGGCCCCGACCCCCUGGCAGCUCUUGGUGGGGCCACGUGGCCAGGGCUGGGACUGGCCGCCGCCUGCCUCCGAGCCUCCUCCCAGACAAGGAUGGCAGCCCCUCUCCUCGCCCGUCCAGCACCCCAGCUGCCGCGGCCUCGGGCAGAAUGGAGGUCACCUCGGGAGCCCAGGCCUCCAUCCCGGGGGCGCCAUGCUGGGUCCUGUCCCCGCCUUGGCCCAGCCCCAGACAGCUGCCCCGGUGCUAGGUGUCUGUCCCCUGGCUGUGCCCAUUCCCCAGCCCAGCGGUUUAGUUUACUGAGAGAGGAAGACCAGACCAUCUCCUUCUGCUCAGCCCUCUGAGCUGCCUCCGGAGGGUCGCCGGACUGUGACCGCCCCCUCCCUCCAGGCAGGAGCCUUGGCCCGCACUCUGCACACUCCUGCCAGGGGGCCAGGCUCCCCCGCCGCCGGCCUCCUGCAGCCACCGGCCCUCCAGCAGGUCCCUGCUGCUGCUUCAGCCGAGUCCUGAGUAACUGGAACGUGACACUAUUUCUGUAGGACCUGCCUCAAAAGAGCGGAGCUUAGCUGAGCGCUCCCCCUGGUCCCGGCUCCUCGCGGGGUCCUGCCCCCUCUGCUGCUCAUGGGUCUCAAGGUUCCCCAGGCCAGUGUCCGCUCAUCCUGAGUGACGCACGGCCCCCCCUUGCCCCCCAGCUGCCUCUGGCCCCUCGUGCGUCUCAUCAUCACACAGAGUCCUCUUGUCCUUGGCUGUGAGUCGCCACGCAAUCCAGCUGGUGCAUGACGGUGAUGUGGAAAACGGCCGAGUCGUUCCCUGAAUUGUUCAGGGUUUGGGGGUCUGCCCGUGGCGGGGCAGUGUGGGGUCCUGUGCCGUCCCUCUCGUGUGCUCUGUGUGUGUUGUUGGAUGCUGCGGGGGACCCCUGCCUCCGUGAUGACCGCGUGUCCUUGUGCACAUGGCGCGCCCUGCCAAGGCCCCAGGGACACUCCUUGCAGGUGGGCCGUGCCUUCCUUCCCAAGAGUGGAGUUGGGGGACGGAAGGGCCUGCGUUGGCGGGAGGUGAGGGGGCUGGCGUUUCUGACUCCACACAAAAUAUAAAUGCUGCUUGUGAAGCUUAGCUCCCAUUAUCUUCCCCCUCUGCCCUUUGACACAAAUCUGGUAGAAAGAAGCCUGAUAAACUGAUGGCUCUUGGCUUUUCUCCCUCUGCCCCAGAAAGUUCUUGGAGAAAAAAAAAAAGCAAGAAUGAGUGAAGCAGGGUUGGCCUGGGUGGGCGAGGGCCCAGCCCCAGUUACAGGCUCCAUCGUCCUCUCUGGUCACUCGUGGUAACUUUAUUCACAGUCUCACUUGCGAAUCUUGCAAAGUGGGGACGAGAGCCCGAAGCUUGGGUUUCCAAAGAAAGGUGUUUAGGUUUAUGUAGCUGGUGCUGUACCAUAUUUUGAUGAAUCUUAACUUAUUUCGUUGAGGUGUUUUGGUUGUCUGCUUGCUUCCUGGGGCCUGCUAGUCACCUGUCUGCUCGAGUUGUCUGCUGUUUCUCCACCGAGGCGGAGAGUGUGAGGGAACCAGUGUGUCCAGGAAAGGUGGCGGGUAGAGUUUCUCUCACUUUUUUAUUUCCGGCUGAAAUCUCUGAGCCUGACUGCCCCCAGCAGACUGUACACAGCUGACACUUGAGCCAGCUGCAUGCCUCGUCCUCCGGCCGAGAAGGUGUGUCUCAGCAUCUCACGGGCAGUCCUGUCAUGACAGAUGGUCCCCUGCCUCACCUGGAGCCAAGGGGCUGUGCCGCAGGGCCCGCCCAUUGGUAUCAGAGGCCCCCACCCUCCAUGCCGGGUCAGAGCCCCAUCUGAGGAAAGGAUCCCUGGGUCAUUGGAUGGGGUUCAGUGACCUGUGCUUUUGUGAAGAGAGGUUUUCAUACCGUUGCCAGAUGUUUUCUCUUCUGUGUGGGGCCAUGCUGCCAGGAGACUGAGCAGCGUCUGCAGACCCUGGCUCUAUCACACCCGCUCUGGGUUCGUAAAAACUCACCUGGCCCAAAAUCAGGGGAGGAGGUGUAGGCAGGGGUGGGUGGGAGCCGUGCAGGGGCCUGAUUGCCCCCGAAAGGUUCCAUCCUCACCCAGGGAUGGGAGACAUUGUUAUCACGGCCCGCCUUCCUGUGCCUAAGAUGGACACAUACAUACACACAGAGACGAGAUGCACACAGACAUAACACACAUACACACACAGACACAGAUACACACCUGUAUACACAACACACACAUGUAUAUACACACAGGUAUAACACACACACACAGACAUGUACACACAGACACAUACACACAUGUAUACAUACAACACACGUGUAUAUACACAUACAUAUACACACAGAUAUAACACACAUAUGCACACACAUACAGACAUAACACAUGUACACACAGAGACAUAACAUACACACAUAAAUACACACACACAGGCAGAAAAUAACCACUGGAAGUGCCCGACAGUUUCACAUCUCAGCCCUGCCCAGACUCAGUUUCAUGACUUGGCUGUUAUUGUCCAGAGACACCCCCUGGGGAUGUUGUGUCCUCGGUUCCCUGGGCACCAGCCUCAAACACUCGCAUUGGAAAGACCCGCUUGUGGGGAGGAACUGCCCCUUCCCACCACUCGUGGGCCCCUCCCUGCACACGCGUGACCUUGUGAAAACCCACCUGGGGUCCCCCGGGCCCUGUGUGGGAGAGUGAGGGGCGCAGUAUCUCUGGAGAAUCAGCUGGGCCCGUGGGCGGGGGAGACGUGAGCCCCUGGGCAGGGAUGGGACCUUUCGGGGGCAGUCAGGACCCUGCAUGGCCCCCAUGCCCCCGCUGCCUACACCUCCUCCCCUGAUUUUGGGCCAGGUGAGUUUUUAGAAACCCAGAGGGGGUAUGAUAGGGCCAUGGUCGGGAGACUGCUGCUCAGUUGAUACAAUGUCAGCAUCACUUGUAUCUCCCCCGCUUUGGGCUUUGUUCCGUUGAGCCCCUCAGUCUCCAUCAAGUGAUCGACCACCUCGUCCCAUGGAGUUUGGACACCCCAGGUUGACUACAGCCUUGUGGGGCUUCUCCACCCACCCUGAGCCCCCCGGGGCCCCGUCACUCCCUUCUGCCCCUUGGUCACAUCUCUUCUCACUCAGGAGGGCUGCGGGCACAGCAGGAGCCUUGCGCUUGUGUUUGCUGUUCCAUGCGUGGGGUGAGGGGGGGAGCGAGUGGGAACCCAGGCUGGGCCAGGUCUCCUCCCCGCCACCCCCACUGCCAGGCGGGCACGGUGAGCUGACUGGGUCCUGCCUAGGAUGGCGACUAGCCUGACAUUGGAAGCAGAUCUGUCGGCACAGGAUGUGUGGACACAGCUCGUAAAGGCCUCGCCUGGUUGCAGGUGAGCCCGCGGGUACUUGGGGGUCUGGCUGCUGCAGAGAAGAGGCCUGGCCCCAUGCCAGGGGUGGACACCCCACUUUGACACCCUGAGUAAGAGCCGCUUGUUCUGUUGACCCCUGAGAACACCCCCAUGGAGACCAGAGGGAGCGGCUUCAUGCCGGCCCGUCGCCCCAGUGUGCGAGGAUGGACGGAGAGGCAGGGCUGUGGCAUGUCCACGCAGCCGUGUGAGUUCAACUUCAGAUGGAACUAAAUAUGUGUUGUGUAUAAUUUUAUAUAUAAUUUAAAAUAUAUUACUAUCUGUCUGCCUUGGUAAUGAGAGUAUUGUUAUGUAAGGCUCCUUAGCGGGAGCGAGAUGUACAGUUUAUCAGACUCUUGUGGACUUUUUUGGGUGAUGAAAUGCUUUAUUGAUCCAGUGGUGCAAGAAGCUACAAACACUUUGUAUCUCAUCAUCGUAGUUAUGAUGCCUAAUGGGUGGUUAAGGCAAAAAAGAAAAAAAUGUCAACUGACCUUCCUGUUCAUCACUACGAUCCAGUCUUUCUGUGCCCAUUGCUUCACUGGGCGGCAGUGCUCUUUCAAGAGGGAGUGGACCAGCCAGGGGUCUCGGGGCGCAGUUCUCAGGAGCCCCCCUACCCCAGGACCACCCUGUCAACGUGUCGAACUGCUGGCUGAACACUCCACCGUGAGACCUCGGCUUGAAGUCCAAAUGAGAUUUCUCAGGGUCAGGGAGCAUGGCUGGGAAGAGGCAUUCAGGCCUUGUUAAAUUAUUAACAAGGUAUGUAUGAUGUUGUGUUUCUUGAUGACAAACUUUUUAAGUUUGAGACUUAUUUUCCCAUUGGAGAAGUUUAUAAUAUCUAUUUAAGAUAAGUUUCCUGCUUACGUUGUGCCUUUAAGCGUGGAUAAGUCUAAGGAGCACAAAGGGGUGACGAUCUCCACGAGGGUUGGUUUAUUGUCAAACCUGAAGGUGUGUGGGUUCUCCAGUGUACUUUUUCUUCUACUGAACAUGGAGCCAUUACUAAGAGGAUUGUGUUUUUUAUUAUGUAAAUUGUGUAAUAUUUUUUUGCUCGUUUGAUGUUCUAUUUUUCUAAUAGUUUUCUUAUAGUUUCUUAUAAUUGCAAUACUAGAUUUAGAUUCUGACAGCUAACUGCAAAUCAGAUUGGCCUCCGCUGGUCCCGUUGAAGUACCCCCCAUACCUUCCCCCUCCCCACCACCCGUUUUUACUUUAAGGACAAGAGUAGACGUUGUCCAUUGCCUUUAAAAAAUGUGAACCUGUGCUCUGUAUCCCAGUUUUGCUGGUACACUGAUGCCAUAAUAGUUCAUGUUGUAAAGUCAAACUUUGUUGGUACAUCCCGUCAUGCUUCCGCAAAUCCUAAUAAACUCCUAUCUACGGCC